CUCUGUCUCGUCACCCGAGGUACGUUUUUCGGUUUUGGAGGCUAAAGAGGAAAAAGAAGUGCCAUGCUGCCGGGAAAAGCAACCCAACCCCUGGGACGUUAGCGAAUUCACAGGAAUUCGUCCACUGUUGCAAAAUGGGAGACAAUACCCGUAUUUCUCAGGUACUGGCCUGCCGACCAUGGGGUGGCGCGGCGGAUUGGGGGCUCAGUUUCCACCGAAAAGAACACUACUUCGAUCUGACAAUCGGGCCCAUCCCCAUCGGGCAGGGCUGCUCUUCAGCAACAAGUCAGGCAUCAUCAGGUUCGGGCACUUGACGGCGUGACGUCUCCUAUCCACGGCUGCGGAACAACUGAAUCUUAGUGAAAAGUUUUUCAAAACUGUGCGUGUAGGAAUAACUGUCGAGACAUUUUUGAUACCCUACCACCUGUGUUACUAUUGUUUUAUUUAAAGUUCGCGUUUUAAAAGUUGCUGUAACGUGAGGCCGCAUCUUGAACAUGCCGAGACGACUAACCAAGACGAGGAAGCGUAGGAGUCGCACUUCGCUACCCAGAGGCGGUAAAGUCCGACGAAAGCUACUUGGGUCAACAUGCAAAAUGCAGAAGGAAAACAUUGAGCAAAUGUUGGAGUAUGCAACGAAUUCAAGCGACGAAUCAGAUUCAGGCACCCAAUCAACAUCGUCUUUAUCGUUUUCUCCAAAUCCUGAUCGUCCUGCGUCUGCAAGUUUUUCUCAAUCUGUUUUCUCUCCUAAAACCCCGCUGUCUAGUAACUUGAACAAUGUUCAGCCUACACGAAACACCUCACAACUUCCCAUGAAUGAGUCCUCGUCGACCUCCGGUUAUUCUCAGCUCACUUUCAACCAUCUUCAAUCCAACUGUAACUCUCUUGAGACUCCACAAGACCUCUUUCCGUCAACCUCCAACGGGCUCAUGUCGACCCCAAACUCAUCUCAGAUUUCCUCAAAUUUUCUUAACGUUUCCCCUAACUGCCCGCACUCAUCCACUUCAAAUUAUUCUCACUUCAAUUCAGAUAAUCCGCAAUCCAACACAAAACAUCUAUCUGCCCCCAAUCAUCCGCACUCUGACCCAAAUAAUCCUAACAGUACCUCUGCACAUCCUCGGUCUGAUUCAAAUUCUUUGCCGUCCACACCAAAUCCCCAAUCAAACCCAGAUCCGACCACACUCACCAUCUCAUCCAACACCACAUCCACCAUCACAUCCAUCGCCACAACCACCACCAGAUCCGACACCACAUCCAGCACCGCAUCCAACACCGCAUCCAACACCGCAUCCAACACCGCAUCCAACACCGCAUCCAACACCACAUCCAACACCGCAUCCAACACCACAUUCACCACACCCACUACACCCAUCACCAUAUUCACCACAUCCGCCACAUCCAAUCCUUUUGAACUAGGCGCGAGCUGGGUCAAGGAGAAAUUGCAAAAAUACGAGGACGGCAGAGUAGUUUUAAAAUACUACAAUGAGAAAAAGUACUUGGUUAAAGCUAUGCGGAAGAAGCUAGCCGAAACCCUAAUAAAAGCAGAGCUAGAGACCGAUCCUUCCAAGAUUCCGCAGCCGGAAAGAUUUUCACGUAUAGCUGCAGCUGUGUGCAAGUACUUCACUACCGAAACACCAAGUACAUACUAUAUUCCUUAUUCGAAUGAUGGACUGGGUAAAAAACACGGAGCCAAGGGCCUUCUUGUUGACAAAUUUAACUACAAGCGGAGAGGAUUCAUUUCUUGGGGUAUUGUUCAACCAAAACGCCGAGCCAAACAAUCUGAUUUGACUGGUGGCGAAGAUGGCGAGUUUAGUAUAACAGGCAUAACUAAUGAAAUAAAAGAUAGCGAAGUUUGGUGCCGCCAUAACUCUGAACCGGUGGAAGAACUAAUGAUAAACUGGCGUUCAACUCAUCGUCUCCGGCUUCAUUUAUUUUUCACCUCUGAUAAAGAUCCGUACGCCUACAUCAACACUUAUCCAGCCCUUACAAAGGAAAGAGGGUUCACAUUGAUUGACGCUGACUUUGCGCUCUCGAAACCGCACUGUGGAAAUGCAUUGCUCCUGAAAUGGCCACAGAUUAGGGACAAACUCUUAAGUUAUGGCGAAAGAGAAUUAGGUCUCAACCCGAAGUAUUUCGCUGCUGUAUUAUCAUCUUUAAACGUCGAUCUCACAAGUGAUGUUGAGCAGAUCAAGGAAAUCAAUGCCAUAUCUUUACUUCCGGCAUUGUUGCCAACAACGACUAUCAAAAAAAGUUGGAGGAUUUCAAAAAUAGAGGCAAAGAAUGGGUUUUUAAUCCACGCAGAAACUGAGAAAGCUGCACUUGAGAUAGUGACCUCGCGUAAUGCGCGUUUGAAUCAAUUCGGAUACGACGUUCAGCCUGUGGCGGUGGUGGUGGGCCAAUUUCCAAGACUGGAGUACUUGGUAGUGUAUAAAGACGUUAAAUAUGUUUGCGAAACUGCUUUGAAAGCUAUAGAUAUUGUAUUUAAACUUUUUAUUUUGUUAGAUGUCGGUUUCCCACCAGAUUCUUCUUUGUGUUGGGCAUUCCUUCGGGAGCAUGUGUAUAAGUUAGAUAUGCUGGGUAGCAGUAGAGGAUCCCCUCAUGUUAAGACACUGGCAAACGAUCUAAAAUUGUAAGCAACAGCC